UUUCUUGACUUUUCCGUUAGGCCGUUUACUGUUCCCGCUAUAUCAUUCAUUUGCAUGUGAUUUAUCCAGACAUCGUUGAAAUUCCAAGCCACAGCCAGUAUAGACGCUCUGGUGUUUACUGUCAGCAAUGUGCUCUGUUUACUGAUUUACAUUAUCGCACAACAGAUAACUUUGACGUGGAAGUAGGCUCGUGACUUGAGUGAUAGCACAUUAACAGAGCGUCGAAAGCAGUCGACACGAAAGAAAAAUGCAGCCGGUCAAUUUACCAUACACUGUGAAAGCAGAAGAAUCACUAACUGUGCUGAACUAUGAUGGUAUUGUUUAUGUGUCAGGUGCCAAAUGUGGAAGUGAAAAACACCCAGACAGUUUAAGAACAUCCUUGCAAAGGCUUGCCAAGAUUGAUGCUGCUGCAGAAACAAAAGUUUCUGUUCUAGAGGUGGAACUGCCAGCAGCUCGCCUUGUAUAUUCCCCUGUUGGACCACUUAAUGCUGACUACGAUGAUGUUAGGAGCUAUGAGGAUGCUGCAGAAAAAGGCAUAAAGAGAGCCCUGGAAGCUGGAGUAAAGGAACCUCUGUUUCUCCUGCCCCAGGCAGAAAAAUCGGUGCAACUUGUUACAUUGCUUGGGGCACUGAAAGCAUUAUAUGUGCCUCUUCAGCUACGUGAAGAUGUGCCCAGUAAAAGCAGUAAGGUCAAAAAUAUUGGAGUGGUUGGUAGCUGUGACCUGCGUGAAGUCAUUAAGAAUGCUGUUGCCAUCGAAAGUGGGAGGUGGACUGCUAGAGACAUUGGUGGUGGAGAUCCGGAGCGUAUGGCUGCACCACGAGUAGAGGAGUAUGUGCGCAAGCUGUUCGAAGGAAAUACACAGAUAUGUAUUGAGACAGUGAGUGAUGAAAGUGUUCUGUGUCAAGAGUAUCCACUGUUCGCCGCUGUCAAUAGAGCAGCAAGUGUAAUAGAGAGACACAAGGGCCGUAUUAUUUACUUGACAUAUGACUCAGGGGAUACUAUUAGUCAAACCCUGCUCUUGGUGGGUAAAGGAAUAACCUAUGACACAGGUGGUGCUGAUAUUAAAGCUGGAGGAAUUAUGGCAGGAAUGUCUAGAGAUAAGUGUGGAGCAGCUGCUGUUGCUGGAUUUAUGCAGGUUGCAGCACUGUUGAAACCUAAAUCUACAAAGAUUGUUGGAGCACUCUGCCUUGCACGAAAUAGUGUUGGUGAGAACUGUUACGUAGCUGAUGAGGUUAUAACAUCCCGGAGCAAAGUUCGCUUACGUGUCGGGAAUACUGAUGCUGAGGGACGUAUGGUGAUGGCAGAUGUUUUAUGUAAGAUGAGAGAAAUAGCUAUGAAUGAAGUGAAUCCACAUCUUUUCACAAUAGCAACUCUUACUGGACAUGCUGUUCUGACAUAUGGAGAAAAUUACACGGUUCUGGUGGAUAAUGGACCUGCCAGGGAAGAACAGUCAGCACAGAAACUGCAAGCUGUAUCGGAAUCUGUUGGUGAUAUGAUUGAAAUUAGCACUGUUCGACGGGAGGACUUUGAAUUCAUCAAAGAUAAAGCUGAAGUGGCUGAUGUGCUCCAGAGCAACAAUGAACCCUCAUCACGGACUCCAAGGGGGCAUCAGUUUCCAGCAGCCUUUCUUCUGAGAGUGUCAGGGCUUGAUAAAAAUGGAAUUGGGUCUGACAAGCCAAUGAAGUACACCCAUGUCGACAUUGCAGGUUCUUCCGGUUCACUGCCAAAUGAACCGACAGGAUGUCCAGUAGUUGGAUUCUCUACAUAUUUUCUUCUUCCUCAUGUUAACUAAAGAUACUGUCUUUGUAUCUCAUGAUCUCAGUAUAUAACGGUCGGGUGCUUAAUAAUAUAUCAAAGAACUGUACUUACUCUUUUACUUGUUGUUUUAUAUACAAAAUGUACUUAUGUUGUUGUUAUGCCAAUUUACUGGGCUAUUUCUGAAUAAAAAGGAUAUAAAUAAAUAAAUAAAUAAAUAAA